CGUCUCCCCGCCGUCGUAGGCCACGGCGGUCGGCUUGCUUCACCCUCGUUCUGACCCUUUUCCUCCGCCCUCAACGACAAGCCCCCAACUGUAAUAUUGCUCUCUAUAUUCACGACUUCACGACUAGCGAACAAAUCAACCAUGUCCCUCCCCACGCUCUCCCAACAGCCUCGCUGGCUUCUUCUCUCCAUCUUCCUCGUGCUCUGGUCUUGGUCAACGUCCCUCCGCCGCGACGGCGGUCGUACAAAAGCUCUCGGUCUCGGCGUCGACGCGCGGGCCUUUACGUGGGAGGUGAAAAGGCAGCUCGUCGUCGGCCUGCCACUUUGCGCCCAGGCGUGCGCGGUACAGUCGCAAGUAGCAAUCGGCUGUGGGGAUUCGCUGUGAGUACCACCUCUGGAAUCUGACUUCCCGACUCGAAGGAGAAGGAUUGUCGGCCUGGCGUGUACCAUGCGUUAAAGUUGGGCCACAAUCUGUUCCUCGCGGGCGGGCGCUAUGAUACUCAAAGCGCCCCUCCCGUCUACACAUGCAUAGCAAAGCCGAUGUGCGCACCUGGUUGCAUGCGCAAGGCCUGAGUAGCGCGUGUAUGCUCUUUCGUCUGCAUCAGGUCAGCGGUAGGUACAUCCGCGCAUCGAAACGAUGGAUUAUGGCGAUGAGGAAUUAGGGAGUCGCAUAUGGACUCGACGCGCCUCAAUAUUGAACAAGUUAGAUCAUCAAGGCAAAGUUUGACUUACUCCAAUCAUGCCUAUAGAAACUUCCCUUGCGCAUGUCAUUCGGAACAAUUCAUGCCGGGGGCGGUCAACUGUAUGACCACGAAUUGCACCCAAACUGACAAAGAGGCCGGCGAGGCUACGCUCAACACCGCUUGCAAAGCCGUCGGCACGUCCGUCUCCCUACCAACAAGUUUCUCCACUGGCACGUCAUCUAUUACUUCUGGCGUUCCCCCAAUAUCUGGUAGCCCAACCACUACAAUCACCGAAUCUACGACAGGCUCCUCGACGUCUGAAACGGAUUCGCCCUCAUCCGCGCCCGCCUCCUCCACAGCCUCUCAGCCAAGCGUCACGGUGACGCAGACGACGACCGCUCCGCCAUCAUCGACUACAGUGUCGUCCACCUCGAUCUCGUCGGAGACCAGCUCACAUACUGAAUCGACCAUCAUCGCGACAAGCACGGCGGGCAAUUCUUCAGCUGGCGGGAGCGGGAACGGGAGUGUUAUCGUGACGGGUGGGGUGUCGAUAUCCGGGAUCAUGCUAGCUGUACUGUUGGCUACCGUAGGCGCGGUGGUUUCGUUGUGAGGGCAUCGGUGGCGGAUGUAUAACAAAUGUACUGUACUAUCUUGCGAAGAGCACUUGUGUGUAUCUAUAUAUCUCAUUGUACGUUAAUAUUUCCC